UGGGGGUUGUAAAUCACCAAAAGCUAUCGGUGACGAGGUGUGACGUGCUUCCCAACUUCGAGGCGGUAAAGAGGAGAUCCGUUGACGCUAGCCCCUAUCUUGUCGUGACUUUCUCAAGUUUUGAUUUUAAAAAGUGGGCCUGUCUCCAGAAAAUUUCAACUUUAUUUUUCCAACUAGACAGUAGUGUCAAAACAUCCGGUGCCAAAUGGUGAAGAAAAGACGUCUGCCUUCAUCGAACAAAGGCCGAACCGUCGAGAGGUCUCCGCAAAGUGCAGAUGAAGUCAUAUCUGCUAGAGACAGAUUUAAAGGGGCACUUCAAGACCUUUUACCCCAUUCAGAAGAAGAAUCUGAGAGCAGUGAUGAAGAAAAAUGGGCAUCAAAGUCUAAACGAUUAUCACUUCAGAAGAAAAAACAGACAAAUGAAAAAUCAGUGGAACCAGACAUUAACAAAUUCCAACAAGCGUUUGUUAUGAAACUUUUUGAUAGAAGUGUUGACUUGGCACAGUUCAGCGAAAACACACCGCUCUAUCCAAUCUGCCGAGCAUGGAUCGCCAACCAGCCGCAUCAAAUUUACAACAGUAAGAAACAAUCAUCUCCCGAGCCCCAAGAGGUAAAAGAAGAAAAUACAAUAAAAACCGAAAAGGACAUAAUUUCAGGUCAAAAUGUGUACCGGUUACCUCCACCAGUGCCAGCACCGAAAAAUGUCCAGAUUAGAAUUCCCAAGCCUAUAGUGUAUGUGACAAAGUACAAGAAAUUUUAUAAAGAAGGGCAAGAAGCACCAAACAAAGACACAAUUUUAAGAGAUAAUUUGAAACAUUGGAAAAACGUAAGACAAAAUUGGUUAAACGCUGCAGAAAAAAAUGAAGGAAGAUACUCUGAAAGUUUUAAAACAAUUUUAGCAAUUUUCAAUAAAGCUCAGGGAAACUAUAAUGAAUAAGAUGGUAAUACAAGCAUAAACUUCAUCAGCAAAUAACUGUAUAUAGCAACAAUUUCUAAUGUAUUAUAUAAUUUUAAUAAAUACAU